UUGAGAAAAUAUCCCGGAUUCAACUUUAGUUUUAUUAUUGUUUGCAUAUGAUCUAAUACUGCAUCAUGUGUGCGCGUAUUUGCAUUUCUUCGCUCUGUAAUCCCCGCCUUCUCUCCUACAUAGUUUUAGCUGACUGUAGCAGCUCAACCCGUUGGUCCAGUUUGUGGUUGUUUUAAAGCUGACCUCCGUGUGUGAACCGGAAGAGUGUAUAAAUCAGAGUAGCCAUGUCUGCCCUUAUCUUGUUCGUCGGAGUUCUCGCAGGAGUUUUUAUUUUAAUUCGGAAAUUUGUUGCAGGAAAGAGAUGUAAGAGCAAGGUACAGCUGCACGGCAAAACGGUCAUCAUUACCGGCAGUAACACAGGAAUCGGAAGAGAAACAGCUGUAGAUAUGGCCCGGAGAGGAGCUCGUGUUAUUCUGGCCUGCCGCAGUGUAGUACGUGCUGAAGUGGCUCUGGCUCUCGUCAAAAGAGAGAGCGGAAGCAAUAACGUGGUGUUCAUGCAGCUGGAUCUGGCCAGUCAGAAGUCUAUUCGCUCUUUUGCUGAAACUUUCCUCAAAACAGAGAAAAGGCUGGACAUUCUUAUCAACAAUGCAGGGGUUUAUAUGCAGGGCACUACAGAGGAUGGUCUUGGGUUGAUGUUUGGAGUCAAUCAUAUCGGUCACUUCCUCCUGACCAAUCUCUUACUGGACAGACUCAAAGAGUGCGGGCCAAGCAGAGUUGUUACUGUAUCCUCCAUUUGUCAUGACUUUGGGAACCUUGACUUUAACCUCCUUAGUGCUCACAAGGAAUUUGGAAAAGGCAACUAUCACAUGGAUAUCUUUAGAAUAUAUAGCAACAGUAAACUGUGCAAUGUGCUGUUCACACACGAGCUUGCAAAGAGGCUUCAAGGAACUCAGGUCACCUGCUACAGCCUCCACCCAGGCGCUAUCAAUUCCGAGUUGACUCGCAAUAUGCAGCCAGGGUUCAAGAAGUUGUUGAAGUUCAUAGGAGCCCUGUUCUUCAAAGAUGUGGAGUCAGGAGCCCAGACUACUCUAUACUGUGCACUCCAGGAAGGCAUUGAAGGCCUGAGUGGCCGAUAUUUCUCCAACUGUGGAGUAAAGAAAGUUCGGGCCAUGGCUCAGGAUGACGCAGUGGCUAAGAAGCUCUGGGAAGUGAGCGAGAAGUUUUGCGGCCUGGCCUGAGAUAAACUGUACUCAAAUAGAUUUGUGCUCUAAUGGUUCAGACUUUCAUAAAUUCUGUGUGGAGUGUGUUAUCCAAGAACCAAAGCUAUCGGAUUAUCAUAUUUUGGGGAUGUUCUGAAUUUUUUUUUUGUGUGUGUACGUGGAGAAAAAAGAUCAGCACAUUUGACCAGCUUAUUAAAAAAAAAACAAAAAAACAUGGUGCAUGCUUAAGCUCUCUCUUACUUCUAAUAAUAUAUCCACAUGACAAUGAGCAGUUGCCAGAUGAAAUUCCUACACUCAUGAGGCAGCAAAUUACCUCCAUGUGUGCAAUCCCAUGACAAAGGUUGUAUUUGCCAAGUAUGACUUUAAUUUUAAAGCUAGGCUUAAUUUGAAUUGCUUUAGCUAAAUACAUUUUUAGCUAGUUUAUUUUAUUAUUUUUUUAAAUGUUGUGCACGUGACAGGCUAGGGCAUCGAGCAAGUGAAUUUUUAUAGUUGAUCAGAGCACACAUUUUCAGUCUGCUGGUUAAUGGUGUCAAACCCAUCAAUGCUAUCCUCUGGACUAAUGUAUGAGUAAUUUAUGGAUAGUAUUUAUAGCCAGAACUCAAUGACUUGUGAUUACUUAUGUAAAUAUUAUAUGGGAAGCAAAACAACUGUCUGCACUGACAAGUUAGAAAAAAAUGAAUUUAGCUUUGAGUGAAAAUUAGUGAUUUACAUGCACUGAAGGCACAUGUUCAGUUCUGCUUCAAGCAACAUAUACAAGAAUUACAUGUACAUGUAGAAUUAAACCUUCUCUGUAUUUGCACUUAAUACAGUGUCCACAAGAACAAGCCAGUGGCCACUCAGCACUACCCAUGUUCUUAUCAUUGCCUUUGAUCGGUUAGGAUUUUCAGGACCAUGUUCAAUAAACUUUUUUUAUGUAAUCUGGGACAGUCAUGUUCCUCGUUUCCGGUAUCCAUAGAUGAAGGUAAUUCUUAAUAUGUUCAAGGUGACUAUUUGCAAAGGGUGGAAGAUACAGUUUAGUUUUCAUGGAAAAACAGGGCUCCUUAUAUGUACCUUUUGUUUAUGAAAGGAAAUCAGUUUGAUAGUUUUAUUUUGGAAUUCAUUUGUGCAGCCAUCCACUUUCUGUACCACUUAUCCUACAUAGGGUCAUGAGGGAGCCUGGAGCCUAUCCCAGGGGACUUGGGGCACCCUGGAUGGGGUGUAGUCACGUCUCAAUAUGUUAAUUUGCAGUACAAUGUGCAGUGUUUUGGAAAUGUACCAGUUAGUUUCAGAUAGAUCCCUUUCAUCUGGGACAAGGUUAAAAUUAUGA